AUGCCACAUGUCUCGUCCGACUCAAAACGGGACGCCGAGCCCAACUCAACCAAAUUCAUAUCAAAAGCAGAGGCCGCUAUUGAAUUCGCACACCAGGCCGAGCGUCUUGCUCAGUACACGCCCGAGCAGGAACGCAAACGCCGUUCCGCAUCGACUCAGGCUGUCGAAGCCAAAUUCGUGACAGCUCAGGACCCAGUCAUCGUUACCGCUAACGGCAGUCGCCUGCCUGCAGUCCCUAUAGACGAAGCACUGAAACUCAAUCGCUUGAAGGACCAACUCGAGGACCGCGAGUCAGAUGGUUGCAUUCCUGUCAAAUACAGCACUCGCCAGGCCAGAGAUGGCACAACCCAUGGCAUCCUCGAGAAGGAUGGUGCAUGGCAGAGCAGUGAACCCAGCGCCCCUCUGAGAUCAGCCGUGCCACCUUCGCGGACGAACCCCAUGUUCCCACCUCUCCCCACCUACGGUCCCCCGAGUUUUCUAAGGACACUACACUGCGCCUUUUUCAGAACGACAAGUUCUGUUUUGUCUUUCCUGUUCCUUUUGGUCAUCGUUCUAGGUGCCGCUUUCACCAGCAUCCCGCUCGCUUUCGAACACAUCCGACUACGACUCCAAUUCAAGAAUCCCGAUAAGAGGAGGCCAUUUUUUGAGGAGGAACACCGACGGAAACAAGCUCGUGCAAAAGAGAAUCGCGACUGGGCAAAGGGCAAGCCUGCUACAAGUCCGGCUGCAGUCGAAACAUCGCCUCCACAAGACGGUACAUUUGUUCCCACAGAAGGCGGCCCUGACCCUCUAGUAUGCGAUCCUGGGUACUAUGCCCGCCGUGUGGGUCUGGACGUCGAGAUCUUCGAUGUUGAAACCGAAGAUGGCUUCAUCAUUGAGCUGUGGCACGUGUUCAACCCCCGGGAGUAUCGUCCAGUAUCGCCAGCUGCCCAUGGCGCUCGUGGACCCAAUGUCUUCGAAACUACCAAAACAGAUCCCAUGUUUGGCGAGGCCGAACGUGCAUUCCCCGCAGGAAACAAGAAGUACCCCGUCUUGAUGAUCCACGGCCUAUUGCAAAGUGCCGGUGCUUACUGUUGCACCGAUGACGAUAGUCUCGCCUUCUACCUCGCUAAGAGUGGUUACGACGUCUGGCUAGGAAACAACAGAUGUGGCUUCAAGCCGCGACACACCUUACUGGAUUACGCCGAUCCGCGCAUGUGGUCUUGGAACAUUCGUCAGAUGGGCGUUCUGGAUCUCCCCGCUCUCAUCUCGCGCGUGCUUUCAGAGACCGGCUUCGAAAAGCUCGGGUUAGUCUGCCACAGUCAAGGUACUACACAGACUCUAGUUGCACUUGCAAAAGAGCAACGUCCAGAUAUUGGCGAGAAAAUCUCAGUCUUCUGCGCGUUAGCACCGGCAGCUUAUGCUGGACCGUUGAUCGGCAAGGCAUACUUCAAGUUCAUGCGCAUGAUCAAUCCAAACUUCUUCCGAUGUGUUUUUGGCAUUCACGCUUUCAUUCCGUUUAUGAUGCGGAUGCAUAAGCUACUGCCGGCCAAACUCUACGGUGCAAUGGGCUAUCGCGUCUUCAGUUUCCUCUUCAACUGGACUGACACUAGAUGGGAGAUUGAUCUGCGUGACCGCAUGUUCCAAUUUGCGCCCGUCUAUGUCAGUGCUGAGAGUAUGCGCUGGUGGCUCGGAAGAGAGUGCUUUGCGAAGCAGAAGUGUAUUCUUGCCACGAGGGAAGAGGGCCGCAUGGAAGACGAGGAGGACGAGGAAGAGGAUGAAGUCAUUCAUCAUUCAAAUCUUCCUCAUCAGGAUCGCGACAAGAGCGAAGAGCGAGGCAAGUAUGCCUGGUAUAACGAGCAGUUCCCUCCGCUGGCUAUGUGGGUUGCUGGCAACGAUGACCUGGUUGAUGGACGACGCCUCUUGAGACGCUUUGAUCGUGGCCGCGAACCUCACGUUAAGGUCGUGCACAAAAAGAUCAUCGAAGGAUACGAGCAUCUCGAUGUAAUCUGGGCCAUGGACGUGAUCGAAAAGGUCGGCAAAGAAGUCAAGGAUGUCAUCUGGGCCACGGCAUCAGAAGAAGCUCGCGAGCAGUGCCGGACGCCAAUUGGCUGCGAAGACAAGCCAGAAGACCAAGAAAAGAAGGAUGGCGAUCUGGCCGACAGCUUCUACGAUGAGAGGAAUCCGCGUGACAUGGGCGUGGAUGUCAGUAAAGCGAAUGCCAACUCCAAGAACUCUGGCCCCGUAAGUCCCACGCAGGUCGACACCACAGCAGGAGAGUGGAGCAGGGACUUGAGACAUGACCGAGAAGAGGCCAAAGACAAUGCAGGGAAGGAAAACUGA